AUAUUUAAACUGUAGGUCUAAUGACUUUGCACUUGAUUAUGUUUUAUUUAACUAUAUUCAUUCUCAUAGGCCUACUGUAACCCAUACAGUCUUUAAAGAGAUUAUAGACAUUUAUUUGUUAUCAUGUUUUAUUUUCAUAGACAUGGUGGAUUUUCUCUCCCCCAUAGCCUUUCAUGUUCCCACAGCGUUAGAGCGGUGGCAUCACCGAUGAUGAGACAGAGGUCAGGGGGGCGGGCUUAGUGCUAUUCUGGAAAUCAUUUUGCGUAGCGCAUCUGUAACGGCAAAAUACACCGAUGUGUUUGUUGUGUGGGCUCUUGCAAUGUGUUAAGAAAAAGAUCAGUGCUUUAUCCUCACACGGUAUAGUUUUUUUUCUGCCUGGUGCUUGUCCAGUUUAUUUAAGCCAAAAAUCUUCAGCCUGAAAAGCACAAUGUGUGGACUUAUUUUGUGCCCCUCUGAACUUGACUAUUAGUCUCCAUAUAUAAUCCAUCAAAAAGUAGAGUCAAGUAGUUUACUGGAUCAGGGGAGAGCAUGGCACAGGGAGAGGAGCCUCACACCGACGGAGAGGGCAGCCCCCAGAUGAUAUCCUUAAGAUCAGAUGUAUCAGGAAACCAUGUGGACGAUGGAGAAGUUGGAUCCUCUAUAAGGAGAAAGAGGAGGAAGAAGAAAGACCUGCGUCCAGAGUCCAUUAUUGUCUACCGCUCUGAAAUGGAGAGGGCACCUGGAGAGGACCAAGGCAGUGAAGAGGGAGCAGAGAGGAGCACCGAGGAGGGAGCUAAAUUCCUCUGCACACCUACAAGUGAAGGAGGAAGCUGGAGCCUUCCUCCAGACAGCCGCUACGUGACCCUUACAGGCACCAUCACUCGGGGAAAGAAGAAAGGCCAGGUGGUAGACAUACAUGUCACUCUAACAGAUAGGGAACUCAGGGAUCUGGCCAAGUCGAAGGAACGUCUUAACGCAGAGUGUGAGGCGGGGGAAGACUCAAAGCGCACCUGCGGCUUAGGUGUGUCCCAGGGACCACAUGUUGUCCUAUGGAGCAUUUCCUGUUUCCCCAUUGUUUUCCUCCUCUCCUUCAUCACCUCCUUCUACUAUGGGACACUCACCUGGUACAAUGUCUUCCUGGUGUACAAUGAGGAGCGGACGUUCUGGCACAAGAUUACAAUAUGCCCCUUCCUGAUCAUCUUCUACCCGAUGCUCAUCAUGCCCAUGGCACUGUCUUUGGCUCUGUACUCUGCUGUGGUGCAGGUGUCCUGGGCCUUCAGUGAGUGGUGGCAGGCAGUGCGAGACCUGGAGAAGGGCUUCUGUGGCUGGGCCUGUGGGAAGCUGGGACUGGAGGACUGUUCGCCCUACAGUAUAGUGGAGCUGCUGGACUCUGACACUGUUUCUAGCACUCUGCAAAGCAAGGCUCCUAGUGAGCUUGCCCAGACAUCAUCAGUGUGAAACAGGGUGAUGGUUAGGUCCAACAAACAAGCUGAUAGCAUUAAAGUUGUCAGUGCUUUUAUUAAUUUGAUGGAGAAUUAACACCUUUGGUUCAGUAAUAGAAGACAAGUUCAAGUCAGUCACAAAAAUGAGCUUAAAGGUUGGAAACAGUAGUUUGACAAAAAGUCUUUUUUUACUGAACAAGCUCCAUUUGCUGAUGAAGGAACUGAGACGUCAAAAUAACAGGAAAGCAUUUGAAAGAUGCCUCAUAAACGUUUCUGUAAAGGUUAAUUUAUGGCCUGAACUGUCUUUAGGUGCUGAACUAUCUUAAAGCAUUAUUGGACUCUGAGCAUGGGAGUGGUUAUUAUUACAAAAUAUUGAGGUCAUCGCAGCUCAUUCAUCACUAAAUGGCCACGGUAAUUAUUGAACAGCAAUCCUACUCAGAGACAAAUAUAGACCUUGAUUCCUAUGGUUUGCAUAAACACAUUAUUGGUGACCUGCAAGUUUUACCAAGUCAUUACAGUCAUCUGUAAAUAUCUGUAAUUAAAUGUAUGUAUUGUACAAUGACAGCAUGCAUUUCAAAUGUGUGUAAAGCUAUUAUUGUCAAUCAGUGACGUCACAUUUGAAGCAAGGUUGGAUACUAACUGGGAAAAGUGGGCAACUGCCUCUGCCAGGGGCACAUAUGCAGGUUUACUGUGUGAAAGGUUGGAAAUUACAUUAAUACUCAUUUCAGUGGGAAUAUGCACCAUUGAGCACAACAUCAACUACAGUGUUAAGCAGUGUCUUGGGAUGGGCUCUGUUGCAGCAUCUAGUUUGUGAAAGAUAAGGCUUGUGUUAUUUUUCUUGUUGUCAAAUCUCUUGAGAAGGCUGAUCAACAUGUUGACAUUCAGACUUCUCUACACCACCUGUAGCACUCUGCUGCAUGUCAGUUCCAACUGAAGAUGUGAAACUUUAUAAAUGGGUCACAUACAUUUUAAUUUUUAAAAGUGCUGCAUUGUUUUCCUUAAAGGCGGGACACUUCAGUUUACAGCAAAUAUUAUUCAAAUUAGGAAUACGUAUGUUGUUGGGGACUAGUUUCAGUUGUGGAUUAAUAUAUACCAGGAUAGUGAAUGCAGUUCUCAAAAUAAUGUAUUGUGUGUGUGUGUGUGUGUGUGUGUCUAUAGGAAUGAAGGAGUAUGUCACCCAGUCCAACAGUAUGGCUUAUUGAUGUUUUUAUAUUUUUUUUAAUCAUUCAGACUCAGUGGAAUAAACCUAUCAGAUUUACUGAAGAAGAACUACUUAAUUGGUUUUCAUUUUUUCUUAAGAUUUCUUUAAGAUUGCUAACUUUAUCCUUUAAUAUGUGUAUUAUAUCCAGAUGAUAUUAUGGUUACAUGGUUCAUGAUCCGUGCACAUAGACAGUAGGGGGAGAGAGGUACACACAGCACACUAGGGGGUUAAUUCCUAUUUGCAGCCACAGUGAGGACAAGAUGACAAACCAAACAUUUCUUUUGUGAGUUUAUAUUUUUUAAUUUUCAGGUUUUUAUUUAAUGAGUGCACCGUCCAAAUAGAUGUUUGUAUUCUUGAACUACUUGUGUUGACCUAACAAUUAUGGUCCACUCAGCAGAAAAAUCAAGUUGUCUGUAAGUUUCUACCUGAGAAUACUUGUUAUACAGCAUAGUUUUAAAUGUUGCUAUAAUUUAUUUUAAAUAUCUGUGUAGUACACUUUCUGAAUUUGUGGUAGCUGGGUGUUUUGUACUCUGGCACUUUGGGGUAAGAUUAUUGAAAACUCCUAUGCAUAGUUGAUACUGUUGGUUUAAGUUGAUUAAAUGAAUUUAAUAUUUGGUGAUUUAAAUAUUGGUGACUAGACGUGACUGGGGAAAGAAAUUAAAUUUUAUUUUCGUAUAGGUAAAGAUAUGGAUCA